AAACACGAAGUUCAGAGUGAAAUUGGAUUGCAAUCGUGAAGCAAAGCUCUGUCGGUGGUAGACGCGCUUAGGUAAAGGGGAGUACGUUUGCAGUUGUUUCCCGUUCUGCAGAGUAGACUUUAAGAAAUUAUUCGCUGAGAAGUUAAUUUUUAGUUUGCUGCUAAAGUUGUUUAUAACUAUUAUUUUGAUCGAAAAGUUUAUACUGAAAGUGAUAAUUUUCUAACUUGAAGGAAAUAUACGCACACCAGCGCUUGAGCUGCAGAAGAGCUUUACAGGGAAACAGUGUAUGUGCGACCAAGUGUAUCGUAACAGCAAUAGUGUGCGUGUUAUAAUGCGUGAAGUAGAACAACGAUUGUGAUUGGACAGUCGUUUGACAGGCGCUGAGGAACUUGAGUAGUUUCCUCAAAUAGAGAUUAUAUUUUAGUGAAAAAUCAACAAUCAUUAAAAAAUAAUAGUUUUAAGUCGACAUUUUUGUCAUUUUUAACGAAAAACUUUAGUUUUGAAUCGGAAAGAUUUAUAGUGAAAAGACGUACAAACGCAGCGUAGUAGUACAAGAUGGCGUCCAACGCGACAGCCAAUCAGCGUCGAGCUUUCAUCGCUUUGGUACAGCAUGAUGAAUUUUCAUACGUUUUCGCGUCACUGUUCAGUAGCAGUAGCAGCAAAAUCUAGUGCGUCCUCUUCGUAAAAGGUGCAGAACAAAACCUGAAAUCAGAAAGAGGAAGAGUGUGUGCAAAAUUUUCGACUGGCGCGGAAAAAUCAUCCAGAUUUGCGACCAAUAAUACCUUACGGUUAUGUGUCAUGUAAAGUACGGCGGAAAAAGUAACGAAUUAGACGAAUUAGCCGGAUGCACCCUAGAAAAGAUUUGAAUAUCAAGUCCCAGAUCUUCAGGAUAAUUUAGAUCUAAAACGAAAAGUUAGAACUGCGUUGUGUAGCGGUCAAAAUGAGCAGUCGCAAGUCGAACGCUGGAGCAGGGGAGGGUCCAUCCACGGGCAAACGCCGUGGUCGACCGCCUAAGUCACAGUCGAUGGAACGGCCAAAGGCCAAGUUCCAGUACCACUUGCUUAAGAAGCCCAAAUACUUGUGCAAAGAAGGAAGCGAUUCACGGUUUAGCACGCCAUCAGCGUCUCGGGCAUCUUCGCCACAGGGCAGCGAGGAGAGCCGACCAUCUACGUCGCGCCGGUCGAUUCCGGUUAAAACAGCCCGUGCAACAAAAGCAACGUCAAAAGGCAGAGGUUCUGCCAGUGGAAGUCGUGGACGAGGUGGCAAUAAUCGAAAGAGUUACACGUACCAUGAAUCAGAAUACCACUAUGGGUCGGAUUUUGGAGAUGAUAGUGAUAAGAGCGAUUAUGACGAUUCGAUGCGUUCUGCUAGUGACUCCGACGACAGUCUGGUUAAUGAGUCAGAUUCUGAUUUUUCGAUACACAGUUUUAGCACAUCUACCCUGGGCGGAUGUACAAAAGAACCCUCGCCUGACCCGGUUUGGCUUCAGGAGCGUGAGUUUCCUCCAUUGGAAUUACCGGCCUCUUCGAAAGAUUUGCUGGCACCGAAUAAGAUAGUGCUCAAGUGUACCUCAAUUUAUGAAAUUAUUCGAAGGUUUCGGCACUUGGUGCGACUGUCACCGUUCCGAUUGGAAGAUUUCUGUGCAGCAAUUAUGUGCGACGAUCAAAGCCCGCUGCUUACUGAAUUACAUAUUAUGCUACUGAAGGCUAUCCUGCGGGAGGAGGAUUCGCAGCAGACACAUUUUGCACCACUUGAUCAGAAAGAUAGUGUUAACAUUGCGCUUUAUUUGAUAGACUCUUUAACGUGGCCAGAAGUGUUACGAAGUUACAUUGAAAGUGAUUCCGGAUUAGAUCAGGACGUACUGUCUGUACUUAGUAAUAAUGAGUACCCGUUUGUGACACCAGAAGAAAGAUUGAAAGUGUUGCAGUUUCUAACCGAUCAGUUUUUAAUCACGACUACCGUUCGGGAUGAUAUGUUGCAGGAAGGCCCAAUCCAUUACGACGACCACUGUCGUAUCUGUCAUAGAUUGGGCGAUCUCCUGUGCUGUGAAACAUGUCCGGCUGUAUUUCAUCUGGAAUGUGUCGAUCCUCCACUGGUUGACGUACCAAGUGAGGACUGGCAGUGCAACUUAUGUAAGUUGCAUAAGGUUUCCGGGGUUAUUGAUUGCAUAUCAACGCAAGAGAAGCAAGGUAUGCUUUGUCGACAAGAGUUGUUGGGUUAUGAUCGACAUGGGCGAAAGUAUUGGUUUAUCGGGCGACGAAUUUUCAUCGAAAAUGAAGACUCUUCUGAAGUUUGGUACUUUAGUACCGAAAAACAGUUCACACUCCUGUUGUCAAAGUUGGAUGCUGUAGAAUAUGAAACUGAUUUGUGUAAAGAGUUGGAAGAUCGACGAGAUGAAGUCAUCCGUCAAAUGACGAUCACGGAAAGUAUCACAAAUCAGCAUAAAGGUGGAAAGAAGUCUUACUUUGAAGUAGAUAACCAGCGUCUAACAAAAUUAUUACAUGAGCAAAACGGCGACCGAAUGGAUGUUGACGAAUUGGUUGACGCUGAUGAGAAUGGUGAUAUGGAUGAAAAGUCAAAAGAUGAAAGCGAUUCAAAUUCUUCUGGCAGUAAAGAUGAUGAGGAUAGGAAUUCUGAUGAAAAGCAUGUGACCCGUUCUAAAACAGGUUCGUUGACACCUCGUGCCUUCGGUACUGAAGACAGCAAGAAGAAACAUUCAUUAAUCAAAGAUGAAGAUGAAUCACGUUUAACGCGUAAUCGUUUGAGUCAGAUAUCAAAUGGAACGAUGUACUUUAAACUUGGCAUGGAAAAUGGGUUUAAAAUGUACGUGAAUCAGUACAGCAUCAAUCCAAUUGCUUUGAACAAACCUCAGCGAAACGAGGAACGCGACAAAAAGCGUCAUCUAUCGCAUAAGUUUUCUUUAACACAAGCGUCAGAGUUCAAGUGGUUAGGGGGUGGAAUGUACAGUACACAGGCGCAAAUAAUUUCUACCCUUAAGCAGACUAUGAUUGCCCUAGAACAAGCAAUUGCUUCGCCAUUUUUGCAUCAAAACUGGUCAAAACUGCGCAAAACAUGGAUCAGCGCUAUUAGCUCGUGUACUAAAGCGAAGGAUUUUGCUAAGAUCUUGUGUAUUUUGCAAGCAUGUAUGCGAGGAGUAGUGUUUGCUAGUGUUUGGCAUGAACAAUUAGGGCAUACCAGAAUGUAUCGUAUAACAUCGGCAGAACGAGAGGAGAAAAAAAAGUUGGAGAAACGAGAAAAGCGAGAGCGCGAUGAUGAGGAAGAGCGAAAUAGGAUGACGUUCAACUUUGUCAAGUAUUCGCUCGGGUUGAAACAUCAAGUCUGGAAACAAAAAGGUGAGGAAUAUCGUAUUCAUGGCCAGUGGGAUUGGGUGUGGAUGGCACUUGGCAGGCGGAAGUCUUCGAAAGUCGGCCAGGAAAGAAUAGCAGCCUCUCAUAUUUUGGUUCCCAUAGUAGCAGAAGUUCAUAAAAAACUUCUGAAGUUAGACGAGAAAACGUAUAUUGCAUAUCGAGCAUGUGUGGAUGGUAAAACAGAUCUAGACUUUCUAACGGACAAUGAUAGUUUAAAUAAUCAGCUUAUGGAAAGCUUUAAUCAGUUGGAAACAUUCCCUGUACCAGAAAAAUUCGGAGAGAUCGAUGUUUCGAAAGCGCUAUCCACUCCUGGUGGUAGAAUUUUGUACCCAAAAAUUGCAAAAAAAUGCACAGUCUUAGACUGUUUGCUAGAAAAGCGUGUUGCGCUUCAGGAAGAGGAGGAGCGAAAAAUUGCAAAAGUUAAAUUGGAAGAGGAUGAUAUCGGUGUGAAUGUUAUACAUAAAGCGGAUGUUAAUAAUAUGCGACCUGGUGAGUGUGCUGAAAAGCAACUGCAAGCUAUUAUUAAUUGUAAGAACGGAUCGGCCAAUAAAGCACAAUUGGUGCAAUCCAAUCAGCAGCAAAGUAACCAGAAUGUUGAACAAUGGAACUCAUUGUGUCAAAAAAUAAUUCCAUUGCGUGCGAAAUACCAACAGGUGGAUCGUAGUUCAAAACUAUAUAAAUGCUAUUCUCUAGGCUGUCAAAUGGGUAUGUGCUAUUCACCGGUUUGUGCACAAAAACAGAAGAUUGUUGAUGAAUUGGGUCUCUUGUUGAAAAAAUUUCAAAUUCUUGAUAAUCGUCAAACCACGACUACUGCAAUUGGAGGAACAGCAAAAUCUAUACUGGAGCAAAAACUUACCGAGAGUAAAUCGGAAGAUUUUCAGGGAAUGUUGGGUCGAUUUGCUAUGAGUCGCUACCGCGCUGUGCUCGACGAUUGGGAGCGUGCCCAUCGUAAUCUUAUCGAGUACGAUGAGGAAUUGAUUGACUCGAUGGUUCCGCUUAAAUUAGAGCAAGAGCAUAAUAACAACCUAACGGAUGAGGUGGAAAUCAAGAAUGAAGAAACUCUCGCUCCUGAUAUGGUAGUGAAAGAAGAAAUUGUUAGUACAGAAAAUGAAGUCGAGUUAGAUGGGUCUAGGGAACGAGCGGAUGAUAGUUUAAAAAUGAACGAAAAUUCAAAUUCAAUUUCGGAAAAUUCUUGUGACGAACCUCGCACUACUCGGCGUGGUCGACCGCGUAAUAAUAAAAAUAGUUCGGUAGGAGUGGUGGAAGAAACAGAUAAUAAAAUCAAAGAGGAACAUCUGGUUGUGCCGAAGAAAGAACAUAAACCCAAUCGUAGGUUUACUGCCCCUUCUCGCAGUAUUAAAAAAGAAGAGUCUGAAGAGAAAGAAUUGGCCCCCGAUGGAAGUGUACGAAUUUAUUCAGCUACGUCUACUAAGGGUAAAAUUUAUCUUCGCUCGCCAACUUCGCCAUCGAUCGACAUGGACGUCAAGGUGAAAGCUGGAAAGAAACUAAUAAAACCAAAGUAUCCGGUGGUUAAUUACUUUCAUACUCGCAAAAUGACAACCUCGAUAAUGGUAUUGCCACGACACGAACUGCUAAAAUUAAGUCGAACAGGGGGUCGAUUACCUGUAACAGGUUUUCAUCAUAUGGCGAAAAACAAUUCAGUGUGGCCUUAUCCAUGUGCAAGGCCGAUGUUUAAAACAUGUUGGCUGUAUCGAACAUUAAAUUUAUCGACAUUGUCGGCUGUAGCAUUACAAUUGCGGAUACUUUGGACCUGCUUGCGAUGGGAUGAUAUGGCAAUGAAACCUGCGACCAGUGAUGGGAAACAUCAGGUCACAACCGAGUCCGAAAUAAUGUCCCUGGAGAUUCUCAAACAUCGUUAUGCUGGAGUCUUCAAUGAACGUAUGCAAUACCUCAGGCGGAAAGUUGUCAUUCCGCUAGAGCUACCAAAAACUGUCAGAGAGGUACAAUCUAUUCGAUCUGGGUUACGUAAAAGGAAACGUGCAGAAUCUCCACAGCAAACUGAACCGCAAGUUUCGGAAGAAUGGAUAGACGAAGACAAACUUGAACUUUGGGAGAUAAAGUUAUACGGUGAGAAACAAGAGAAACUUGCUGCUACUCAGGUUCAACCAGUGACCCGAACUAGUACCGGCAAACUUCCACUAAAUCGUCACGCUGGUUCAACUUCAUCAGCUGAUUCCUCAAACUCAUCAACCCCUACCAGCAAUGGCAACAGUGCCUCUGGUUCGAAUUCCAGUGCGGUAAACAAAUCUGCCAUGAUUUCUAGUAAAGCGUCACGUGAGGAGAUUACCGAGAAGAUGGAACAGCAGCUGCGGAUACAGCGUGCUGCUCAUAACCAGAAGCGAGCAAUGGAACUGAAACAGCAACAAGAUGGUUCCACGCCAGCUAAGCAAACGGUUGUUCAACGUCGUAUUAUUGUGAAAAAUCCGGACGGAACAACUAAAAUAAUUCAGCAAAACAUAACACAAUCUGCUGCGAGGUCUUCGUCUUCAGUGACAUCCACACAGCAAAAGGCACAACAGUCUACCAAUUCAGCGAAAUCCGAUGGUCCCCAAAAAGUGCAAAUAAUUCGUGGACCAGAUGGUAAAGUCAGCGUUCGCGGCCUCAAUCCAGGGCAGCAGUUGAUACAGACAGCUGAUGGAAAAUUGCACGUUCUAAGUGCAGCACCCGGAUCAAGUCCGGCUGCUAGUAAGCAAGCAAUUGCGGCUAAAGUUGGUCAAAAGAUUAUCACCAAGGUAGCUGCUGGCCACGUCAAUAGUCCAGUAACGGUAGCAGCUACCUCGGCGACUACCACCAGUACAGUCCAAACCCAACCAUCGCAGCAGCAGCAGGUAGUGCAACAACAGCAACCAACUACCACGGUAGUUAAUUCCCCAGCUGCUCCGCAACAAAUUUUGAACAAAUCCGCAGGAAUUGUCGUUAGAAGUCAAGUUGGUCAACCGAUAAAGCAAAUCAUCCAAAAGCAAGUUGUGCAGAAGGUACAAGCAACUAGUACAACUCCACAACAAGCCGCAUCACCACAAAAAAUUAUUAUUAAUAACCAGCAGGGCACUGUUCAGAAGAUAAUAACUUCAAGUGGACAAUUGAUUACUACUGGCGAAGGUCAAGUGCAGAAAGUUAUGUCCCAGUCGAAUCUCCAGCAGUUGUUGCAAGGCACCGGUCAAAAAGUGGUUGUCGAACAAAAUGCGACUCAAAGCCCGGUGCAGACGCAAAAGGUAUUGGUAGCCACCACACCGACUGGUCAAACUGUCCAGAAGCAAAUUCUCAUUCAAAAUAGUAGCCCGGGAACACCACAACAAAUAAUUAUCAAUCAAGCAGGAGGCCAGAAAGUAGUACAACAGAUUGUUGCUUCUCCUGGCCAGCAAAUUAUGAUUGGUGGACAGAGAAUAAUUCUGAAUGCUGCUAGUGGACAGAAAAUUAUUAGUAAUCAACCAAUUCAAAUACAGCAGAAUCAGCAAAUUCAACAGAUACAACAACAGGUGCAACAAGUCCAAAAAGUGCACCAGAUAGUUGCGACACCACAGCAGCAAGUCCAACAACCACAGCAAAUUCAAAUACAAAUUCAGCCACAACCGCAAUCACAAACGAUUCAAGCGCAGCCUACUGCACUCACUCAGGGUCAGAGUCUAACACAACAACUGUCCAGUGGUAAACUUCAACUAGCCAAUCUGAAUGGUCAACAGGUUCUCAUACGUCCCCUGGGUAACAAUCAAGCACAAGUGGUAGCCCACAUCAAAACACAGCCAAAUGGAACGGCUCAAAUCAUUCCUCUGGCAAACGCGGUUGACCCACCGCCCCAGCCGACACCUCAACCAGUGCAACAAAUUCAAGUUCAAGCAGCGCCGGUUCAACAAACCACCAUCCAACAAGUCGUCCAGCAACAACCACAACAAAUGCAACAGACGUUGAACACAUCGGGAAGUUCACAUACAACUACUUUCCAACAAUUCGCUCAACAGCAACACCAUCAGCAGCAACAGCAACAACAACAGCAACAACAAAUAUUAGAUCCUGUGGAGCAAACUUUAUUGCAAGGUCAACCGCCCGGAACGGUUAUUAAGUGUGUGACAGCACAAGUCAUUCAAACACAGCAAGGACCAAGAAUAGUACUGCAAGGGCUUCAUGGAUCCGAGUUUACACCACAACAAUCAGCUUUGGUGCAACAACAGGUUAAACAGCAAUUGUUAAAAGCACAAGAAUCUAAUGGAAAACAGGGAGUGCUUGGACCGACUAAGAUAUACUUAGCAAUUCAACCGUCCCAACAGGCGGCUACACAACCUCCUCCGCUGGCACCAGUACAAAUCAAGCAUGAAGGAGGUACCACUCAAAUACAACUCCAUCAGCAAGACGACUCUACGGUAACGACCACAACACCAACGGCCGAAGACUCGCAACUGCCAUUGACGGGUUCGCUGAUAAGCACUACAACAACCAUAAAAACAGCUGCAAGCACCAGCAGCAACGAUAGCAAACCGCAGAUUCUGUCGAAUAUUGUAAUAAAUGGUGGAGGUACUACGGCUAUCAACCCGAUCGUCAAGAAAGAACUGCAAAAAGUAUUGGCCAGUAAUUUAUCCAAGCCAACAAUGGUGAAUCUGCAAUCACCGAGUUUACAGCUCUCACCCAUGGGAGAUCAAAUUCCCCUAACAGAGGAAGCUUCAAAUUCACCAAACAUAAAAAAAGAAUCAUCUUGCAACAGCGAAACCAGACGGUUAGAUGAGAAAAACGAUUCGUUUGUGGUUACGCCCGAUUACAUUCAACAAACAAUUAAAAACGCAUUGAAACAGGAAAAUCUCAAUCCAGAGAUUGAGGAGAAGUUACUAAACUUGCAGCGUUAUCAGGAGAAUCAGAUGAAAACCGAUGACCGCGGAAAUGCAGCCAUUGCUCUUCAGCAUAACUAUAGCAACAUGAGCGCUACAAGAGAGCAUAGCACACCAGUAAAGGCCAAAAAGCGAACAUAUCGAGGUGAAGAUGACGACGAUGACUGGAUGAUGGACACUCCGAAACGUCGUCCGACAAAAUCGGUUGGAAAUCCGCUGGGCUCCGUGGAACGAAAGAUUAUACCCGUUGCGACGCCCGAUCCAGGACUAGGUUGUAGUAGAAAACGGGUCAUUUCCCAAAGCGAUUCUGCUGCAUCGGCGGCCGCGGCGGCAGCUGCAGCAGCAAUUGUAGCAUCCGUCAAUGCAACGAAAGAAGCACCGGAUCCGUUACCAAGUUCAACGCCGGUCUCCAUUUCUCGAUCGGAGGCAGCUAAAAAGAGCAACGAAAAACGGAAACAGCAACAGACGCUCAUACAACAACAACAAAGGCAGAAUAAGUUGCAGGCUCAACUAAAUCGCCACAAAGAGCAACUGAAGAAAGACAUUCUCAAGAAGCGAUCUCAUCUCGAACGGGAAUUACAGGUACAAAUUCAGAAAGAACUGUCUGUCGAGCUGGCAGCGCGUUGUAAGCAAGAGCAACAGCAGAUUAAACAGGACAAUAAUGCCAAGCAUGGAGCAACGAUGACUAAAUCUACUGUUGCAGAGAAAAGUGCUUCAACGAAGAAAAAAACAUCUACAACAAUUACAUCCAAAGAACCCACUUCCAAAGCACAAAAGCAUGGAAACAGUACAAACAAAUUGGAAAGAUCAUCCAAAUCAAACAAGAAAAGGAUGUCGAACAGAAAGGAAAAAAUUUAUUGUGUUUGCCGGACGCCUUACGAUGACACGAAAUUCUAUGUUGGUUGUGAUUUGUGCAAUAACUGGUUUCAUGGGGAUUGCGUUGGUAUAUCAGAGGAGCAGUCGAAAGAAAUCAACGAAUUUGUGUGUAGCGAGUGCAAACACGCGCGGGAAACACAAGAACUAUAUUGCCUGUGCAAACAACCGUACGAUGAGUCACAAUUUUACAUUUGCUGUGAUAAAUGCCAGGACUGGUUCCAUGGACGAUGCGUGGGUAUUUUGCAGAGUGAGGCCGAAUUCAUUGACGAAUAUAUUUGCCCGAAUUGUCAAAUAAACAAUUCAGUCAACUUUGCCAACAUGAAAACACUCAGUGCGAAAGAAUUUGAGAAUCUGAAGAAACUGAUCAAGCAGUUGCAGCAUCACAAAAGUGCAUGGCCAUUCAUGGAACCAGUUGAUCCAGAUGAAGCCCCAGAUUACUAUCGUGUGAUAAAAGAACCAAUGGAUCUCCAAAAAGUGGAAAGCAAGGUAGACAACCAGAAUUACAAUACACUAUCGGAGUUCAUCGGCGAUAUGACUAAAAUCUUCGACAACUGCCGCUAUUACAACCCAAAGGAGUCCCAGUUCUACCGAUGUGCUGAAAGUUUGGAAUCGUUUUUUGUACAAAAAAUAAAAUAUUUCCGGGAAAACUUAGUUGAUAAAAAGCCUGGUUCAUCAUCGUAAAGGCAAGUGAUCAAAUUUUUCAACCUUUUGUUUUAUUUCCUUCGUUUUGCAAUUCAUUUGACACUCCGUCUCGAGCACAAUGGGGCAAAAUGGAUUUUUAACUUUGUGUAGACGGUGCCUAAAAAUACAAUAGUUGCAAUCUAGGUUUGAAAUAUGUUUAGUAUUUAUGGUAACAUUGUUUUUUUUUACAUUCACUAAAGAGUGGAACUUAUAUUUCCACGUUAGUUGAAUUAUUUUUAGUAGUAAAAGUAAAUUUAGUAUACCACGAAAAAAUUGAUAUUUAAUUAAUAAUUUAUUUUAGAGCAAUAGGCUAAUGAAAAUUUUCAGCGGAUGGCGAUGAAUUUCUAGAGUAUUGUAAAUAUUGUACAAUAAAGCGUUGUAUAACAUCCCAAAAAUUGUGAAAAAAAAGUUUUGCGGUGGAACGUCCCGUGUGAAAACUGGAUGCUUUCUCAAAUAAGUAUAUAUUUACAAAGGCCUUCUCAGCUACAACAACCAUUUAUAUUCAGGAUUAGUGAAGUGAAAACUACAUAUGUACAAUUGUACAGUUAAAUUUUUGUGUCAUUUCGCUCUUGUCACGAACCAUUAGAUACGUUAAGUACUUGUUGAUGAAGAAUAUGUUUGUUCUCUUUUAUAUUUCCAAUCGGCGCGUUUAUAAUAUUUUGCACAGAUAAAUAAUUUACACUUUUUAACGCUGCGGUGUUACCGCUAAUUUACACUAUAAAUGUAAGAAAAGUUCCCAUACAAAAGGUUUGUUAUUCUUAGAAUACGCAUAUACUUUUCAUGUAAAAAAAUUCUACAACUGUUGAGUAAUAGGGGAUAGCAAACUAUGUCGUAGUCUAGACAUUCUAUUAAAAAUAGAAUGUCUCUGUAAUAAAUGCUAGCAGUACUAAGACUAUUGUACACAAUACAUUUAUUGUACACUAUUUGAAGAAAGAUUUAUUUUCUGAAAAAUAA